AUGGGAAAUGUUUCGGGACGUUCGCCGGCGGCCUCUGUCCUUAUCCCCAAGCUCCUCAGCAUGGAUGAAGGGCAGGUUUUCUCCAAGAUUUUCAGCCACGAGGCUCUGGAGAGUUAUCUCCCCAAGAUCCAGCUGGUGAUCAAGGACACCCUGCGGGCCUGGAGCAGCAACCCCGAGCCCAUCAACGUGUACCACGAGGCGCAGAAGCUGACGUUCCGCAUGGCCAUCCGCGUCCUGCUGGGAUUCCGCAUCCCGGACGAGGAGCUCGGCCGCCUCUUCGAGGUCUACCAGCAGUUCGUGGAGAACGUCUUCUCCUUGCCCGUGGACCUGCCCUUCAGCGGCUACAGGAGGGGAAUCCGGGCCCGGGAGACGCUGCAGAAGGGGCUGGAAAAAGCCAUCCAGGAGAAGCUGCAGAACACGCAGGGCAAGGACUACGCCGACGCCCUGGACAUCCUGAUAGAGAGCGGGAAGGAGCACGGCAAGGAGCUGACCAUGCAGGAGCUGAAGGACGGCACCCUGGAGCUCAUCUUCGCCGCCUACGCCACCACGGCCAGCGCCAGCACCUCCCUGAUCAUGCAGCUCCUCAAACACCCGCGGGUGCUGGAGAAGCUGCGGGAGGAGCUGCGGAGCAAAGGGAUCCUCCACAACGGCUGCAUCUGCGAGGGCUCCCUGCGCCUGGACAACAUCAACGGCCUCCAGUACCUGGACUGCGUCAUCAAGGAGGUUCUCCGGCUCUUCACCCCCAUCUCCGGAGGGUACCGGACCGUGCUGCAGACCUUCGAGCUGGACGGCUUCCAAAUCCCCAAGGGCUGGAGCGUGAUGUACAGCAUCCGGGACACCCACGACACCGCCCCCGUCUUCAAGGACGUGGACGUCUUCGACCCCGACCGCUUCGGGCAGGGCCGGAGCGAGGACAAGGAGGGCAGGUUCCACUACCUCCCCUUCGGAGGAGGCGUACGGACCUGUCUGGGCAAGCACCUGGCCAAGCUCUUCCUCAAGGCUCUGGCCAUCGAGCUGGCCAGCACCAGCCGCUUCGAGCUCGCCACCAGGACUUUCCCCAGGAUCACCCUGGUGCCCGUGGUCCACCCGGUUGACGGACUCAAGGUCAAGUUCUUCGGACUGGAUUCCAACCAGAACGAGAUCCUGACGGGCACAGACGCCAUGCUGGGGGCCACCGUGUAGAGCCCGCGCCGGCGGCA